GCUUCUUCUCAUCUUACGUGUUAAACUAUGUUGAAACUGUAUACGUUAUUGCUGGUCGCAAUAGUAGUGUUCGCGGUGAAAAUUCGUGGAUCGGAAUUUUCAAUAGAAGCAGAGAACAUGAUCAGAACAUCCGGUAAGAUAAUGUCAAGGGCUCACGCGUCAAACAAUAUGUCUGUUCUUCUGCAUCAAGGCAACAUACUUAGUUAUGAAUUCUGUCUCAUGGCGCCCUCGCCCUUAAGGCUUUUGAGACUUCUUUAUUCGAACGACGGCGGAAGUGAUCGGAUACGUGUAAGUGUGGACAAAAUGGAAAUAACUUCAUUUGAUACGGUGAUUGUCGCGAACAACGGACUCGCGUGGAACACGUUUCGAUCUCAAAGUAUGGCGAACGCCUCCCUCAUUUUCUCACAGGGCAUACAUAUACUGACAAUUUUCGCGGAGGAAACUGACCAGUAUGGCGUGGAAAUAGACAUGGUUACCGUUGACAUCAAUUCCUCCCAGUCGCACGCCUCGUCUGUGUGUGAGGUGUUUUGUUUCGACAACAUCCGGUAUCGCCCUGAUGUCACGGAGAAACAACACGCCGCGAAAGGUCGGGCGGUUCAGAAGAGCCGGCCGACGAAAUGCGCGGAGGAAGACAACGUGAACAUUCCGGUAUUCCAUGAGUCCACGAGAAUAUUCACAGUGACCGCGAGUCUUCCGAAAUAUACGACAUUUGCAAACAACAGAGGCGCAGAUUUUACAAACUGUGAGAUGGCGGAAAAGUUGUUUUAUUUUUCAGGGAUUGGAUAUCAAAAUAGGUCAUCAACUGCUAAAGAUAGUUCGGCUUUUUAUUUGAAUUUACAUCCCGUGAUCGGGGACUCGGGCUCAAAUCAGGUCGGUAGACUAGUUAUCACGUUCCCACUCAGUGGGCCUUCGAAAGGAGCAAUGGAAUCAGAAACUGGUUUACGCUUUGUUUUACAUAAUGUUCACUACAGCGGCACGCUUUUAAUCCAGUUCGACUAUUUUAAUCGUUAUGGGAAAUGGUCUUCUGCGCAACACGCAACUGUGGUCGACUAUGAACAACUACUCGAGUUUAAUUCAACAGAUUUUAGUUUGCGAGAAGGCAGCUCAAAUGAAAUAAGGAUUACAUUCUAUUCAAAACAAAAGAAUCCAGAAUCGCUACAAAUAGGCAAGAUUUACGCGAUAAAACGCAUCUUCCAAACAGACGUAGCAACGGAGGUAUACAACGACGGUAAGACUGUGAUCGAAGUAGUAAAGGUCGACCUUUGGUGGCGAGUUAACCAGAGCAUGACGGUAACCAUUAGCAACACAGGGCGCACCGACCACGGCGUCCACUAUUUCCGGGUGUACCAGCGCGUGCCGUGGUCGUCGGACGGCUGGUCCCAAGUUUUCGUCAUGUACCAAGAUGGCAACAUCCGUAUCCUCCCUAUCACUCCGCACGGCCUUGACUGGAUUCCAUUCGGUUCGUCCGUCAUAAUCGGCCAGACUAAUCCCGCCGACGUCCGUCCGUGCGCACCAAUCGAUCACGUGAACAUUAACACGGACAUGCUACAACUGACGUUGCACUACGCCGACGGUGGCGUCGUCACCAUGAAGAUCGUGUCGCUGGUCAAAGAAACCCGUCUGCUUAUCUCUAACGCGACGUUUGUCCGACCCAGAAAUCUCUAUCCAUUUUUCACAUUCCGGUCCAUGUACGUAUCCGACGGAAACGGUGACGUAGACCGCAUUUCGGCGGACGACGGUCAUACUUACUCUAUCAUAGAACCAUGGGGUUCACUUCCGGGGACGUUCUUUGCAUUUUACCGACAGUGCAUUUCGAAGCAUAACACUCUCAGUCCAGACAUACAGUUGCAUAUUAUCCGGUAACAAUGUGCCUUGCCAAUCUACGGUAGUUAUGUAUCUGAUAUUUCAGCUAAUUAUUUGCUUCAAAACUAUGUACAUGUAAAUGGUAAUAUUCUUUAAAAAAAACGUCUGCGUUUAUCUGUUGUAAGGUUGAGAGUAUUCACAUAUCAGAAAAAAACAUUCAACGAAAUGAACUUUAUUGUUUCUGUUGUUAUGCCGUUGGUCUAGAAGACGAAUGCCAUUUUAUAUGUAUAUGCCUCUGUUAGAACGAUUUAAAAAAUAAUAAUUAGCCGUAUAUUUUAUAUAACCAAACUUUGUAUAAAUUAAACAAGUUAUUAACUGUAUAUGAUACUAGUAGAACAGAGAUUUCAAAUCGUAAAUCAGCAAAGAAGUUAAAGUUAAAAGAAAUGCGAUCCUGAAUAAAACUGUUUUAGAUAUUUCAUCACCCCCUUGACAUAACUUGUGUUAUGUGUUAUUGCCAUAGAUUGUGUUUAUGUGUGUUUAUACUUUUAAUUGACGUUUUAUGUUAUAUUAUUUAAUGGUAUUAUUUGUUUUCACGUGACAGAAAAUAAUCAGUAUAUUAAAGUAUGAAGACGAUGAACCGUUGUAUAAGUCUGAAUUAACUGUCUGUCUGUUAACAAAUAAC